AUGCCGCCUAUGAUGGCGCAGGAGCUGGAGAGGUUGUCGAGCGACAUGGUGAAGGCAAGGAAGGAAGAGAAGCUGCUCACGGAGCAGGGGAAGCAGCAGACCCUCACUUUCCUCGUCCAGGGACAGGAGGAGGCGCGCGUGCUCGCCCUGCGCGCCAUCGUAGCUGCUCGCGCGUUCGAUGGGAAGUUGGAAGGUGCAGGGAGCCUUAAAACAGUGUCGGAACAUGGAGAGGGGGGAGAAGGAGAAGCAGCAGCAGCAGCAGCGGGAGAAGCUGAAGGUGACGAGGACACGAUUGUGUUGAGAGACCUGAAGGUCGAGCUGCUCGAACACGCCAUACACUAUAUGUACACGGGUAGCUUCGAGGUGGAUGAAGGGAACGUGCAUGAUAUGCUGAAACUUGGGAAGAGGAUGAGCCUGCCCGGGGUCAUCAACAUAUGCUCCUCCUUCCUCUCAGAACGCUGCAGCAGCUCGUCAGUGUGCAAGGCCCUUGCAAGCGCGGAGGCGAGCGAAGCAGCGGAGCUGAAGGAAUUCUGUCUCAACUUCAUGGACAGGAGCGCGAAGGACGUGCUGGGCGACCCCUCGUUCGUUGAGCUGCCGAAGGAAGUCCUGCAGGAGGUGCUGAGGAGGGACUCCCUCGAGGUGGAGGAGGUGGACUUGUUCGCAGCGGUGGUGAGGUGGGGGAAAAGGCAGGCCGAGAUUGUUGAGCAGGAGGCAAGGCGGAUGGCGGAGGCUGCGGCAGAGGCAGCUCCUUCAGGGGAGGGCAACAACGAGGGGAAUGAAGGAGGAGGAGGAGGAGGAGGAGGAGGAGGAGGAGGAGGAGGAGGGAAACGGGACAACCGUCCCUUCCUCGAGAUCGCCCUCAGCGGGGUAAUCGACCAUGUUCGUUUCCCCCUCAUAUCCCCUGCUGCCCUCCGGGACGUGGUCCAGCCUUCUCUGACGGUGGAGCACGAGGGGGAGAAGCGAUGCGUCGCGGAGAGGUACGUGCUGGAAGGCUACCAGCACCAUGCUCUCACCAAGAUCGGGCAGCCCAGCAACGUGGAGGAGGAGAGGCGGCGGCCGAGGAAGAAUCAGAGCUCGUCGCAGGCUGAGGUGAACAGGGAGGAAGAGGAGGAGGCAGGGAGGGUGGAAGAGGCGAGACGCCGGGCAGGCCGCACGGUGAGGUGGCUGGAGAAUCUCCCACGGCAGGCGGCGCGGGUGAGCAUGAGGGGGAUGGGGCUGGGUUAUGCGGAUGCGGUGGUGACGGCAGAGCACGUGAAGAGGGGAGGGAGGAGCCUUGAGGAGAUGGACCUGAAGAACAACGACUUGGACCUGUCCUCCAUGCAGGUGCUUCUCCCAGCGCUGGGAGGAUGCAGCGGGCUCAAGGGGCUGGCUCUCGGGGACAACCCCAUCUUCACUGUGAGGGCUCGACUGUCGAGGAGGUGA